GCAUUAUAUAAACAACAGCUAGUGAAGUCUGAUCUCAAAUGUUCACGAACUGGAGUCUGAAAUGUCAGGAUUUACUGAAUCGACACCGCUGCCCAUGCCAGUGAAGGAGAUAAAAGAAGAAGAGUUUGAUGAUUUCCUUCAAGAGCACCUGUUUGCAGACCAGGAAGUAAAAGAAGACCCUGGACUGGAUUAUGACUGCAAGACUGAAACAAACACAUCACCAAUGUAUGACUGCAAAGAAGAACAGUCUCCACUGAUGGAAAUAAACAAGGAGGAAGACGCUGAUUUCAGAUUAGUUAUUCGUAAAGACUCCUACCCUACAGAUGGGAUGAGACAUACUGCGGAAAAGGCCCAUCAUUGUACAGAGUGUGGAAAAGCCUUCUGCAAGAUUAAUCAUCUCAAGUCUCACCUGAGGACCCACACAGGAGAAAAGCCGUUUCAGUGCUCUGAUUGUGGAAAGGCCUUUAGUCAAAAGUCUAAUCUAACAAAACAUCGGAUGGUCCACACAGGAGAAAAGCCGUACCAGUGCACUAACUGUGGAAAGGCCUUUAGUCAAAUGUCUCAUCUCCAGGUACACCAGAUGAUCCACACAGGAGAAAAGCCGUACCAGUGCUCUGACUGUGGAAAGGCCUUUAGUCAAAUGUCUCAUCUCCAGGUACACCAGAGGAUCCACACAGGAGAAAAGCCAUAUCAGUGUACUACAUGCGGGAAGAGUUUCAGGACUAAGACAGAGGUCAACGUCCAUGAUCGCACACAUAUGGGAGACAAGCCAUAUCCGUGCCCUCACUGUGGGAAGGCCUUUGGUCGAAGAUCUGGUCUAACGCAACACCAGAUGAUCCACAUAGAAGAAAAGCCGUAUCAGUGUGCUACAUGUGGGAAGAGCUUCUGCUGGUCAACUUUCACUGUCCAUCAUUGCACUCAUACAAGAGAAAAGCCAUAUGAUUGCUCUGAAUGUGGAAAGGCCUUUACUCAAAUGUCUAGUCCAAUGAAACACCAGAGAAUCAACACAACAGAAAAGCCAUAUCUGUGGACUACAUGUGGGAAGAGUUUCAGCUUUAUAUGUGGACUACAUAAUUUGUUCCACUACACAGAACUGGAGUCUGAAAUGUCAGGAUUUGCUGAACCAACAGCGCUGCAUAUGCCAGUGAAGGAGAUAAAGGAAGAAGAGGUUGAUGAUUUCCUUCAAGAGUACCUGUUCGCCGUUCAAAAAGUAGAAAACCCCGAACUGGAUCAUGACUGCAAGACUGAAACACCCAUAUCACCAAAUUUCAACUGCAAAGGAGAAAAGUCUCCAAUGAUGGAAAUUAAACAGGAGGAAGACUCUGAUUUAAGAGAAGAUUUCCAGAAAGAGGCUUUUCCCACAAAUGAGAUGAGACAUACUGCAGAAAAGGCACAUCAUUGUACAGAGUGUGGAAAAGCCUUCUGCAAGAUGAAUCUUCUCAAGUCACACCUGAGGAUCCACACAGUAGAAAAGCCAUAUCAGUGCUCUGAUUGUGGAAAGGCCUUUAGUCGAAGUUCUAAUCUAAUACGACAUCAGAAGGUCCACACAGAAGAAAAGCCAUAUCAGUGUACAACAUGUGGGAAGAGGUUCAGAUAUAGGUUUGAGGUCAAAAACCAUCAGCACACACACACAGGAGAAAAGCUCUAUCAGUGCUCUGACUGUGGAAAGGCGUUUAAGCAAAGUUCUAGUCUAAUGCGACACCAGAAGGUCCACACAGGAGAAAAACCACAUCAGUGCUCUGACUGUGGAAAGGCCUUUACUCAAAGGUAUCAUCUAAAGGAACACCAGCGGAUCCACACAGGAGAAAAGCCGUUUCAGUGCACUACAUGUGGGAAAAGUUUCAGUCAGUGCUCAACUCUUAUAACCCAUCAGAAGGUACAUACUAGAGUUAAAUAUUAG